UCCUCAUUGCUACUUCUUCUACUGAUUUUGUUCUUAUUUGGGUUCGCUUAAUUUCAUCUAAUUGUAUCUCUCUCGUUGAAAUCCUUGAAUUCGUCCAGAUUCGCCCCUGUUUUCAUUUGGGGGUUUUGAUGUCUUUAAGUUAUUUUCUGAGAUGAACUGCUAUUCGCCCUUGUUUUGAUUUGGGGUUUUGAUAUCUUUAAUUUACUUUCUGAGAUGAACUGCUACUCGCCCCUGUCUUCAUUUGGGGUUUUGAUAUCUUUAAGUUAUUUUCUGAGAUGAACUGCUACUCGCCCCUGUUUUCAUUUGGGGUUUUGAUAUGUUUAAUUUACUUUCUGAGAUGAACUGCUACUCGCCCCUGUUUUCAUUUGGGGUUUUGAUAUCAUUAAGUAUUUUCUGAGAUGAACUGAUAAUCCCUCAAUUGUUCUUCCUUUUUUUCUUGAUUUUGCUGUUGGAUCUGUUGAGUACAUUGUAAUCUGGAUCUGGGCAUUGCUGAUUCGUGUUAAUUUAGCUGAAUUUCUCUGUUCUUGCUUCGAUUUUUUCACCAAAACUGCAAAUUAUAUCUGGGGUUUUAAGAUCUAGCAGAUUAGGAGGAGGGGUUUUGUGAAAAUGGGCUAUGAUCAUUUGGAUCAAUCUUCAGAACUGAAACUCUAUCAGUUUUUUGUGUUCUGUGUUCCAAUUCUUUUCACUUUCAUUCUUCUUUUCCUUUUCUAUCUUCUUUAUCUUCGUCGACGAAGGGCGGAUUGGAAUUCUAUUCGAAUGCGAACAUCUGAUGCAGUGAACAAUAACAUAUCUGCUUGUGAUGUUGGGUUGAAGAAGGAAUUCAGGGAGAUGCUUCCUAUUAUUGUGUACAAUGAAACAUUCUUUGUUACUGAUACGCUAUGUUCAGUCUGUUUAGGGGAAUACCAAACAGAAGAUAAGCUUCAGAAGAUACCAUCAUGUGGGCAUGUAUUUCACCUUGACUGCAUUGAUCAUUGGCUAUCCAACCACAGUACCUGCCCACUCUGCCGUCUCUCUGUCCUUUCUCCGUCGUCCCGACCACCGCAUAUCCAGAUUGAGAUGGGACUCGAAUCGACAAAUGAGCAACGUCGCGAAGAAGCACCUCCUCAACAUAGUAAUCAAGCUUGUCAUCAUACAACACCUCCCGUGUGAAGUCAUAAUUCGAGUUUUCGAGGAGAAAGAAUCAUUUAAAAAGAGAUGCAACUUUGGAUAUUUCAUCGAGAGAAGACGAUCCGAGGGAGAAAUCAGGACGACGUAAAUGGCUGUUCCAUUGGGAACUAUCAAUGCCACCGACCCGUGUUUUAGCACAGAGAUGUCGUACAUUGUUCUAUCUCCAACCGAUCAAAAGAUCAGUCCAGACUCACUUCGGGACUCACCUCUAACAGAUAUUGUACUUUUUAGGCUUUCCCUUUUGGACUUUUUCUCAAGGUUCUCAAAACGCGUCUGAUAGGGAGAGGUUUUCACACUCUUAUAAAGAAUGCUUCGUUCUCCUCUCCAACAGAAGUGGGAUCUCACAGUUACGGUGCCAAGACUUUGUUCAUGAGCAUAAUCUAUGAAUUCAUAUUAUAGAAACAAGAAGCUGCCUCUACUAAUGUAGCCUGUGGACUUUCUCGUCUCUCACAACAACAGAAAGGUGAAGGAUUCUCUCUUUGUUGCAUGAAUGAACUGAGACCGCAUUCGAAUGGGAGCAAUCUUGAGAAUAAGAUGGUUAAGAAAAACUUAAAGAAUUAAAAGUUAUUACCUAUACCAACAUGGUUCAUCUUCCUUUUCGGUAGCUCAAUCAUACGGACUCAAAGUUAAGCAUAUGAGUGAAGAUAAAAUAUGUUGAAAAGACUUGUGUUAAUACGUGAGAAUAAUUUUUAC